CGCAAUGGGGUCACUCGGUGGGAUGUCCCCUGGCGGGAGCAUUGCGUCGGAUUGAUAUCGACCAGCGUCCAGAGCCUUGGUCUCACGCUACAGCGCAAAUCGCACAUCCUCGAGGAUGAGAAGGGACCACACGACGUGCGAAGACCGCCACACCGGAGGAGAAGAUGGCAGCUGGGGAUGGCCAUGUUUAUAAUAUCAAAUCUCCUGGGGAGCACGAUUCAGAUCUCGACAUUACCGUUGCCGGUCCUUUCAACACUCCAGGCGUCGGGCCUGGUCUUCAACUCGAUCUGCGCGACACUCAUACUGGGCGAGCCCUUCACGAGGUGGUCAUUAUGGGGGACCUUGUUGGUCUGUAUAGGUGCUGUGAUGAUCGCGAUCUUUGGAGCCAUACCUUCGCCGACGCACACCCUGGACGAGCUGCUGGAGCUGCUGGGGAGGCAGGCCUUUGUGCUGUGGAUGGCGCUGCAGGUCGUGCUUGUGAUUGCCAUUUGCGUAUCCGUCGAUGUUGCGAAUCACUUCCUCAAGCUGUCACAGAACCCGCGGUUUCGCCUCCUCCGUGGUCUGUCAUUCGGCUGCGUCAGCGGUAUACUAUCCGCCCACUCGCUCUUGGUGGCGAAGUCGGCCGUCGAGCUUCUGAUCAAGACACUUGUGGAUGGACAGAACCAGUUUGUCCACUGGCAGGCUUGGGUGAUCGUGCUGGCCCUCAUCACCCUCGCCCUGACGCAGCUCUACUAUCUACACCGAGGCCUUAAGCUGGUCUCGACGAGCGUCCUCUAUCCUUUAGUCUUUUGCAUCUACAACAUCAUAGCUAUCCUCGACGGGCUCAUCUACUUUGACCAGACGGAGCUGAUCAGCCCGCUGCACGGGUGCCUGAUAGCACUGGGCACCGUCAUCCUCCUUUCUGGUGUCCUUGCCCUGUCAUGGAGACUCAGCGACGAGCAGCACACCCCCGGUGUUGGACAAUCUUCUCUGGCACCCGGUCUCGGGCUCGUGGAAGACACUGAUGGCGAAGAGGACGAGGAGGAGGAGGGACUCCUUUUGGGAACUACUGGAGACGAAGAUGACAUCCUUCCUACGACCUACAAGUACAACACCUUUGACAAUUUCGAACGAGACACAGUCCGGCGUGGCAGGCCAGAUCCCCUACCUCUCGGAAGGUCUUCGGCCAAGAUGAGCCGCAAGAGGGCCUCGUUUGUGCAGCCGCAGUGGCAAGAGAGGCGGGAGAUCUGGGGCGAGCUGGACGACGAAGAGACUCCCUACUCGCCCGUGCCCAAAAACAUGGGCAGAUUACGAUCCAAGACUCUGCCUGUGGGCGAUGGGCCUCUCCUUGUCUCCCGCCAACGACAAAACCUCGACAGCCCCCUUACCGACGGGCCUGCUAGCGGCGACCGGCCACCGCGGUCAUCUAAGUCAGACUAUCUCCGUCUGCGCAGAAAGUCCACCGGGUUCCCGGGCUUUACUGCCCGCCGGACAACCCGCAGGAAAAGCGUAGGAGGUGGUGUUGGUGGUUUGCAGGGUGCUGUAGGCGGCAUCUCAAGGUGGUGGCGAAGCAGACACAACAACUCAUCCGGAGACCUCCUCGCCCCACCGCUCAGCUCAACGGAGUACCGCGACGGAGAGGAGGGUGCGGUCGCAUCACCUGCGCUCGGCGUCUAUCGCGAUGAGCCGCCGCCGCCGCCCACCCCACAGCCCGGUCCGCCGGCUAGCUCCAGUGAGGAUAUGGUUACGGGCAAGAGGAGAGAGGAUGAUUCCGCCGUAUAG